AUGUCGGCUCUUAUCCACGAUCCAACCCCUCGCCUUUCAGAGACGGAGGAAGAAGCGCUGGCACUCUAUGACAGACUGCAGGAGCUACGUAUUCAGAUAGGCCUUCUGCAGGCCCAGCAAGAUCACUCCAACCCACAAAGUCCUACAUCCUUUACAGGACAUACACAAGUGGAUGAGGCUCGCACUGAACUACUCGAAGCAAAGGCGGCUCUUGAAUUGCGGGACUACGUUUUUGAAAGCGCCAUUGUGGUCCGGCCUAUACUGAGAGCUGUUCAUGGCGGAACUCAGGCUUCCCCGGUAGAACGUGACAUCUUGCCAUUGAUCCAGCGGCGGGAUCAAGUAUCUGCCAAAGCGGCUCAGCAAGCUUCAGCCUCGUAUGAAGUCAGAGAUCGUAUGUUGACACUCGAACUUAACCGUAUCCGAGUUGGUCAGCAGAACGCGACAUUGGCUUCAGAACUCUUGAGAUUGUCAAAAACUACCGGCGCUACUGACGUAGAAGUGGAUGGAGCCACCAAGCUUCAAAGACAGCUGGAUAAAACGAAGGGUGAGCUACAGGUGAGCCGCCAGAGAUGGAAGACGAUCAAGGGAGCUACGAGCGUGCUGGUAGCCGGCAGCGGCGUCGAUUGGGUCCGAGAUGAACGACUUCGAGGUUUGGUCCUCGACCCGCCGGAUCUGCCCACCAAAGGCCAGUAA